CAGCACCGAGUGAAGGUCAAUUUCGUUGCACCAUGCGCGGACGAACUGUGAAACCCUUAUUUUGCAUUUUGCUCGCGCUGUUCGUCGCACCGAGCAAACAAAUAUCGAACCCUGAUGAUCCUCAUUACUGGGCCGGUGUGGUGGAGUUCAGCUCGGACCGCUUGUCCGGGGAGCCGGAGGAACGCAGCUCUGCAUUCCGUUUGACAGAAUACCUGCGCAUCAUCAAUUCUGCCGAAGCGGAUCCUACCGAUGUGAUUGUGUUUCCCGAAAGCACGCUCAACGAUCAUGCAACGGCAUCGUUUGUGCCGGAUCCGAAUGAUCGGAUCGCACCCUGCAACAACCUCCAGUACGAGCCGGUCGUUCGUGACAUCUCCUGUGCGGCGCGCAAUCGCAAGAAGUACAUUCUGAUCAACUUGACCGAGAAAGCGCACUGUCCGAUGCAGUACGACACCCGUCCGUGCAGUUCGGAUGGAUUGUACCAUUUCAACACGAACGUGGCGUUCGAUCGGGAGGGAGUGGUCGUAUCGCGCUACCGGAAGUUUAACCUGUUCGGCGAGAAGGGAACGAAUACGACCGUAUACCCAGAGUCGGUCAGCUUCGAGACGGACUUUGGCGUGCGCUUUGGGCACUUCAUUUGCUUCGAUAUGAUGUUCAAUGUACCGGCGCUGGAUCUGGUUGAACUCGGCAUUACGGACUUUAUCUUCCCGACGAUGUGGUUCUCCGAGUUGCCCUUCUUGACGGCGGUCCAGAUACAGCAGGGAUGGGCUUACUCGAACAACGUUAACCUGCUUGCCGCGGGAGCCAGCUUCCCAGGGGUGGGAAGCACUGGCACGGGAAUCUACGCUGGAAGGCGAGGUGCCAUUACGUCCGUGAUGACCUACAAUCCUGAGACGAAACUUUACGUCGCUCAGGUCCCGAAGGUGCAGUUUCCGAAUGCGGCAAUAACGAAAAUUCCUCAAGCGAAGGGCACCCCGUCUCAGAUGGCAAAAUUGCUACUGAAGCGCGACCAAAUCGAUCAGUACGCUACAAAAGAUCUGCCGAUGGUGUCGAAUAAUCAAUUGGAAGAACGUGUUUGCUAUGGUAGUCACUGUUGUAAUUUUACUCUUAAUUACACCGUCAAGACCAUCGUUCAGAACACGAACUACUACCGCUACAAGCUGGCAGCUUACGAUUCGAACCGCACGUUCGAUGGGUUUGCGGACGGUCUGAUUACGACGUGUGCCAUUUUUGCUUGCUCCUCACCGGACUACAGUGACUGCUCCAGGCGGUUCGGUGAAACGGAAACGUACGAUGAAGCGGUCACAUUUAACUCGAUCAAAAUUGUGGCUAAAUUUGCCGACAACCGGGACACUUUCGUGGUGCCGAACAACGUCGACACCAGUAUCAUACCGUUCGAUGUUACUGAAACCGAGUACAGCGUGGUCCCGAGCGUUGGUGAUGCAAAACCCCACAACAUCAUUACCUACCAGCUGACAAAUCCUCACUCGGAUCUGUUCACGUUUGCAAUCUGGGCAAGGAAGUUUGACAGCUAUCCCAUCUCUGGCGCCAACCGGCUGGGAUCGGGUUUCGCGUUAGUACUUGCCAUCGUUGCAAGUGGUUUGCUGAAGAGCAUGUGGAAGUUUUAACCAGGAUUCAUUUCUUUCAGCGACAGCGUGCAUAAGCUAGAACUUUAAACGUUUUGUGUCGCGAUUGUUGCACUUUUCAUACCAUCAUCGUCGUCAUCCAUCCCGUUGAAUGGCAAUUUGCGUUUGCUAUACCAUCGAUCAUCACAUUGUCUGUAUGUAUAUGGUAAUAAUAUUAUGCAUGGAAUAUUGUAUUGUAUGGAAACAAACAGAACAUAACACAACGGA